AUUAUUUAUUUUUAUUUUUUAAAGGUAUAAAAUAUAAUUAUUAAUAGCCUGCAUCUCUAUAGAUUAUUUUUACAAUAUUGGAGUUUCCACAGUUAUAGGUAUAAAAGUGUGGUACAUGAAACCUCAUCAUUAAUCUUAUCCAAGACAAUCUGCUCAGUAUGAUACUCUUCUUUGAGAAAACAGUCAGUAUUUAAUUUUUUAUCAUUGUUUAACGGUGCUAAAUCUGUUAUUUGGUAUUUAUUGAGAAAUCGCAGCUGGUAUAAUGUUAAAGGAUUCACUUGCCGGUGUCAGAAAACAUCUACAUAAAAACAUCGACCCAGACAAUCCGUGACCCAAACUAUCACCUUACUACUUACAUUUAUUCAUCAAGAAGACGGUGUAUAAAAGGUGGUGUUGGUCCACGACAGCACAGGUACAGCGGCAAAUUUAGGCAAACCUCUUCUGACAUUCUACAAUCAUGAACAAGAACAAAGUUCUGCAGGUUUGGAUGGGGAUCUUGCUAUGCUCUGUGAACGGAUUACUGGGCUCGGCUCUGGAGUGCUCCGAUCACGAUCUUACAGGAGCGAUAUGCUCGAUUUCUGUAGAGAAACUUCUGGAUCGAGCGAUCCAGCAUGCUGAGCUCAUCUACCGCAUCUCGGAUGAGGCCAGGGCGUUGUUUGAGGAGAUGUUCAUCCCUUUAGCGAUAUCUGCUCAUCAAAGCUACGGAGGCAACUCUUGCACAUACAAUCUUGUCCACGUCCCUACAUCCAAGCUUGAAAUUCAGCAAAUUUCGGACAAAUGGCUCCUUCACUCAGUCUUGAUUCUGGUUCAGUUCUGGAUCGAUCCACUGGCUGACCUGCAGGAUUCUCUCGACAGGUAUGACAACGCACCCAACUCUCUCCUCAGCAAGACCAGGUGGAUGUCAACCAAGCUGAUGAACCUUAAGCACGGGGUGCUUGUUCUUAUGAGUAAGAUGCUGGAUGAAGGAAGUCUGGAGCUGGAAAAUAACGAGAGCAUGACACGCCACAUUGUUGCUCCUGCCAUGGCGGAGCAUGUGCUGAGGGACUACACGGCAUUGACCUGCUUCAAGAAGGACGCUCACAAGAUGGAGACGUUUCUAAAACUGCUUCGCUGCCGCCAAACUGAUAACCUAAGCUGCCCCUUUUUCUAGCCAUGUGAAAAAAAAUCUAUGGUGGGCUUUCUGAGAAACGGAAUUUCACAUACAAAGAGUCUGGAAAAAAUCCUACACAUGCACAAUAAAGACAAUAUAUAUUUUUUUUUGCAAAUUUA